AUGAGCCCGACAUACAAAUUCCGUACAAAGUAUCCGGGGGCUGCUGUUGCGAUGCAAGCUCUGGGGGAGGAAAGUACCCUACAGCUACGGAAGGCACCGACGGCCGCCCGUCCUGUGGAAGUUGCGUCCACUUCGAGCCACCGCCAGCCAGCCAGCCAGCCACACACCAGAGGCGUCACUCACCCUACGGAGACCCCGCCUUUUCCUUCUCUUUUCGGCACGCUCAACCAGGCUCAACCCACUAGCGUCGCUUCUUUUGAGCGACUCGCCCUUCGAAGAACCCCCAGCGCUACUCCUGCACAUGCGCAAAAUUGGGGCCCGCCCCUUUUCCAAAUCCACCCUUUCGUUCUCACGCCUACUCUAGGUCUAUGUCUGAGCAUCCGCGCGCGCGCGCGCACACACACACAUCGAAAGACCUUUCCUGCGACGCACCGCCUGCAAGGGCUUCCCUUAAACGAGAGUUCCAAGAAUCCUACAGGAGCCAAGACAGCCAUUACUCCAUUUCCCCAAAUCCUUUGCGGUCGACGUUCUCGUCUGUCCCGCUCGUGCUCACUCCAUUGGUUCCCGGGACCGGUUCGACCUAUCGGCUGUGAUCUUGCUUUGACCUACUUGUUGCCAGGCAGAACAGUAACCGGGUUGCCUAGGUUUCCUAACGCAGCUGCGGCCUGCGGUUUUAGGAGCCCGAAGACCGGCAGGCACCCGCUAUGCUGCGCCUCACAGCCGUGGAGGGCUGCGAUGGAAGGUGAUAAGAAGAAACAACAAGUAACCUUCAGUCCUCUGGCUCAUCCUCUGCAAGUUCACAAAGAUCACAGAAAGGGGCUCUGAAAUGACAUAUGCAAGCUCCUUCAAGGCUUUUGGGUAUAACUGUUCUGGUCCUGGAGAAUUAAACUUGUUCAUGAUAACCAGGUACCCCAUAAUAAUCUUUUUACUUACCUUAAAGUGGCACUUGCUCCUUUUGUCAAUUGUUCUGUUUAGUUCUAUUGGAACAUGUGGGGAGAAGAUAGUAGCAAAAUAGGAGCUGAAAAACUCUGAUCUCUCCCUGUCGCCUAUUAUUAUCUUACUAUCUUCUCCUAGCAGUGGGCUUACCUCUUACUACUGAAAAAAAAACAGGUUUUUUUUUAAUUGCUUUUAGUUUCCUUUACAAGCCUAAGUUUCUUUCAUCUUUAGGUUAAUUCUCUUUCCACAGAUUUUAGCUACUUGCUGUUGUACUUCCUGGUGAUUACACCCAUCUUCCAUUUUCUGUACAAAUUCCUUGUAACUAUUAGCUGAGUCAAAACCUUUGCAAGUAUCUAAAAUGAUUUCUUAACCAAUCCAUUAUUAUUUUUUCACUGUAAUUGCUUACAGUAUUUAUUUUUGAGAAUUUCCUGCACUCCCUUUGACUGUAGGGUUUCCAUCCAUGGG